CCAUCCGUACAUACAAUCUCACACCUCUACGAAUAUGAAUUUCUGGCACAUUACAAACGCGCAGUGCUUCUGACAUAAAUUCAUUAAAAGAUACUUAGUAGCGGAUAUUUUGAAAAAAAUUGUUCCCAGUAAAUAGUUUUAAUGUUUAGUUUAUAGCUCCUUAAAAACUCUUGAAUUUCUUUCCAAACGUGUUCGGCGACAUGCUGCAGCGCCCCUCGGUUGCGUUUCUGCUUUGGCUUGGAGUUUUUGAUGCACACAUAUUCCGAAAUUUUUAGCAUUUAAAAGUUUAUUAAAUCGUUAUAAUUUUGUACAUGUACGCGAGUGCAGCAGUGCCCCUCAGUCGGUUCUGCCUUCUGCUGUCAAACCUUCAAAGUUUAAGGAAAUAGACCCCUAAUCUUUAUUUAACAUUUAAUUUAAUACGAUUUAUAGAGAUUUAAUUUGUAUAUAAGAACAAACCUAGCAUUAUCUCCUGAACAUCAACAAACCUAUGUUAAUUAACCCCUUAGCUUGAUAAGAGAUCUUCCAUAGAACCAUAGCUAAUUCCAGAUAACUAUACAAACGGGAAAGCUCUAUCAGUGGACAUGUUUUACGCGACCCCUGUGUAGCUUUUUUCAGUUUCAGUUGACAGAAAACACGCGCGGCGAGCAGACCGUCUCACCAGAGCUAUGACUAAAGCCAGAGCAGACGAAUGUGUAAUUACGUUGCCGCUGGGCAAGAUCAAGGGCGUAAAGCGUGAAAGCCUGUACGAUGAUUCGUACUACAGCUACGAGCGGCUGCCCUUUGCCAAGCCACCGAUUGGCGAGCUGCGUUUCAGGGCCCCCGUGCCCGUAGAGCCGUGGACUGGUGUGCUGGACUGCAGCCACUAUGCGGAGAAGCCAGUGCAAAAGAAUUUCAUGACACAGGUGAUCGAGGGCAACGAGGACUGCCUGUAUCUGAAUGUCUAUGCCAAGCCGAGCGAAAAACCUCUGCCGGUCAUGGUCUACAUUUACGGCGGGGCCUUCACCGUGGGCGAGGCCACACGCGAAUUGUAUGCUCCUGAUUAUUUUAUGGCCAAAGAUGUUCUGUUGGUGACUUUCAAUUAUCGUGUGGACUGUUUGGGCUUUCUGUCCCUCACGGAUCCCAGUCUCAAAGUUCCAGGCAAUGCGGGGCUUAAGGAUAUGGUUCUGGCUCUGCGAUGGGUCAAGAAAUAUAUUUCCCACUUUAAUGGGGAUGACGAAAAUAUAACGGUCUUCGGCGAGAGUGCCGGCGGAUGCUCCACACAUUUCAUGAUGUGCACAGAGCAGACUCGAGGACUCUACCACAAAGCCAUAGCGAUGUCGGGGACCGUCCACAAUUACUGGGCGAAUACCCCGAGGUCGGACUUUGCCUAUCGUUUGGCCAAACUCCAUGGCUACACGGGCGAAAAUGUGGAUGCACAGGUGCUCGAGCAUUUGCGAGGGGUGCCGGCAUGGGAGCUAGUUCGCCACAGUUUGUUAACGCCCGAGGAUCGCCGGAAUGGUAUGCUCUUCCCCUUUGGACCCACGAUAGAGUCGUAUGUGGGUGAGGAUUGCGUGGUGCCCAAAUCGCCAGUGGAAAUGGCCCGCGAGGCGUGGACCAACGAUCUGCCUGCAAUGCUGGGUGGCACAUCGUUCGAGGGUCUCUUUAUGUAUCCCGCUGUGGCGGCUAAUCUCAAGGGUUUGGAUACCUUAAGCCAGGAUCCCCUGAAAAUGGUCCCCCAUGAUGUGCGUGUGAUUAGUACGGAGAAGGAGAAUCUGGAGUACAGCGAGAGAAUGCUCAAGAUGACCUUUGGCGAUGCUACACCAAGCUCUGAGCUUUUUAUGAAUAUGCUGGAUUACUAUUCCUAUAAGGUCUUCUGGCAUGGCUUGAAUCGCACUUUGCAGGCCAGAUUCGCCUAUGCCCGUGCCCCAACAUAUUUCUAUCGCUUUGACUUUGAUUCCCCGAACUUUAAUUUCUAUCGUAAGAAAUUCUGCGGCGACAACAUACAGAAAGGCGUUGCCCAUGCCGAUGACCUGAGCUAUUUGUUCCGUAACUCUGAAUCCUGGAAACUGGAGAAAACCUCAGGGGAAUAUCGCACCAUUCAGAGAAUGAUUGGCAUUUGGACGGCAUUUUCUGCCAAUUCCAACCCGAAUUGUGCCGAAAUUAGCGAAGUGGACUGGCAGCCAGCGAAAAAGUCGGAGCCCAAGCGUGUGGUCAACAUAAGUGAGGAUGUUAAGAUUGUGGAUCUGCCGGAGUAUAAGAAACUUCUAGUGUGGGAUAGCAUUUAUAAGCCAGAGAAUUUAAAAUUUUACGAAAUGGCUACGCAAAACGCUGUUGGCAUUGAUCCUCUGGAGGAUCAAGGCACUGGACAGCUGCUGAUGGAACUGAAGAACCUGGUACUGUGGCGCAACUUUCUGCGAACACUGUUUGUUUUUACGAUCAUUCUGAUCCUGUUGGUGGACACAAUAAGCCAUUCGGCAAUCAGUGUGGUAAGCAUGUUGGCCAUCACCGUCAUCCUCGGCGCCAUGGGGUAUCGCUUCUUCGUGGAGGUCCUGGAAUUGUGGAACAGAAGGAACAAGAAGGAGGAAUACUAUUCGUAUCGAUUCCAUGUUUUGAUGACAUGCAACAUACCACAAGAGGAGACAAUGCGUCUGGCCGGAGUGGCUGUCGUGAAGUUGAAUGCAUUCAUUAACAAAAUGAUUGGGCUGCUGCUUGUGGAGGAUCUGCAAGAAUCGUUGAAGAUGUUGGCCGGACUGUGUUUCAUUAAUAUUCUUGGGGAUUACUUGAAUUUCAUGAAUCUGCUGUUGAUGGUUCAUAUUUUGGUAUUUACUUUGCCAAAGUUGUACGAUCUGAAGAAGACAGACUUUGAUAAGUUGCUGAUCAAAAUAGGAGUUAUUAAAAGCCAAAAAGAAGAUGAAAACGAAGACCACUUCCAGGACGCUGAAUCCCCGACUCGUGAAUCCAACAAGCAAAACAUUGAAGAACCUAAAGAGGACACCAUUAAGGAACAAAAUCCAACUGCAAAUUUUGAAAAUAUUCCACAGAAAGAACAAGAUUUGAAGCUCUUUGCGAUGUUUGAGGAGGGGCAUGACCCUGACUGCAGCUGUGCCGAGUGUAACGUCUUGGAUGUGACACUGGUGGCCAACCAAGACAUAGCCCCUAAGAAACAGAAGAAAGAAAAGAAUGUGGACUUCUUGGAUCAUACCUACAGCCCUGACUGUAGCUGCGCCGACUGUGACGUCCUAAAUUUUAUUAUGUGGAAACCUUAUGUGCUAGGUUGUAACCACAAAAAGUAUCUGCAGUUGGUGUGCAGGUCUCUCCGUAUUACUCCCAGACGUAGUUAUGCUGAAACAAAGAUCGUGGACCUGCCCAUGGGCCGUGUGAAGGGUCGCCGACAGUGUGGCAUUUAUGGCGAUCCGUUCUUCAGUUUUGAGGGCAUUCCCUUUGGCAAACCACCGCUGGCUGAUCUCCGUUUUGUGGCCCCAGAGCCCGCAGAUCCAUGGGAGGGUCAGGAGCUAGAUGCCCAACAGGAAAGGGACAUACCCCUGCAGAUGGAGUUACUUGGAGGCAGCACCAUUGGCAGUGAGGAUUGCCUUUACCUGAAUGUCUACACCAAGCACUUUGAUAAAACAAAGCCUCCUCUUCCCGUCAUGGUCUAUAUCUAUGGUGGUGCCUUUCGCACUGGCGGUGCCACGCGGAAGAAGUACGGCCCGGAUUAUUUGAUGUCCAAGGACAUUGUGUACGUGAUCUUCAACUAUCGGCUGUGCGCUCUCGGAUUUCUCAGUUUGCCCAGCAUCGAAUCGAAUGUCCCCGGCAAUGCGGGACUGCACGAUCAACUGCUGGCUCUCAAGUGGAUCAAACAGCAUAUUCAGCACUUCAAUGGCGAUCCGGAGAACAUCACGCUUUUCGGCGAGAGCGCAGGGGCUGUGGGGGUGCAUUUCAUGAUGUGCCUGCCGCAGGCCAAGUGCCUCUUCCAUAAGGCCAUUAUGAUGUCUGGCUCGAUGCUGAAUCCGUGGGCACAGAUCCCGGAUCGAGCCAGUUUGUACUGCCAAUUGGCACUGGCUGCUGGCUAUGUGGGACCACGCAGGGAGAAGGAUUUGCUGCGGUACCUUCGCUGGGUGGAGGCCAAGAAAUUGGUGGAGUACGCUCUUAAUGCCUACACCUUUCACGAUCGAUGCUCUGGCUUUUUCUAUCCGUUUGUGCCGGGUGUGGAAGGGGCCAAGUGUGAGAGGGGUCUGGUCCAGCAGCCAUAUCUGGAGAUGAUGCGGGAUGCCUGGUCCACAGAGGUUCCCCUGCUGCUGGGCGGCACCUCCUUCGAAGGAUUGGUCUUCUAUCCCUUCUGCAAGCUGAGCAAUGGCAUAAUGCUGGAUUACCUCAAACAGGAACCAUCAAUGGUGCUGCCCAAUGAACUGUUUCUCACGAUGUCCGAUGAGGUGCGCAAGGCUAGUGCUAAGCAACUAGUCAAAUAUCACUACGGACCCCAAGGGAUAACCAAACAGAAUGUGAUGCAGACUCUGGAUCUCUUCAGCUACAAACUCUUCUGGCAUGGUAUACAUCGCGUUGUACGCUCUCGAUUGGCCCAUGCCCAGGCCCCCACCUAUCUGUACCGCUUCGACUUUGAUUCCUCGAAUUUUAAUCUAAUGCGAAAUCGUUUAUGCGGCGAUGACAUCAAGCGGGGUGUCUGUCAUGCCGAUGACAUGGGCUAUGUGUUUCACAAGAAGGGCGUACAGAAACUGCCAUUGGACUCUGCUGAAUAUCUCACUAUACAAAGGAUGGUGGGCAUUCUGACAGCCUUUGCGAAGACUGGAGAUCCUAAUUGUGCCGAAACGAAGUCGGAGCCCUGGUCACCCCUCACCGAAAAGAUGCCCUACAGGGCUAUGAAUAUAGGAUACCAGCUGGAGUUUAUAACGCAGUACGAAAAGGAUGGCCUGGAGGUGUGGAAUCGUCUAUAUGAUAAUAAGGCAAAGCUUUAUGGUGCCUAGAAAACCCGAAAAGAAUAAAUGUGUUCCUGAAUG